UUUUUUUUUUUGAUUGAAAAAAAGAAAGAUUUUAUUGAACUCAAUAGAGGACAUGAGAGGGAGAGAAAAGAGGCAAUAAGUUAACUCAGUUGCACUUGCACCUAUGCACAAUGUUUGGUUGGUUCUCUCCAUCAUGGGGUUUCCUUUUUGAGUGUGCUUGUACCAGGGUGCUUGACGUCGUGGUAUUGGCCUCGAUUAUGUAUAAUGCAUGUAUAAUUGUAUAUUAUGGUUUUCUUGUGUAGUUGACUGUUCAGGCUAAUGUAAUUGACAUGAUAUUAUUAAUCAUCCAACUGAUUUAGGGGGAAAAAUCAGAGAUCCGUGUCAAAUUACUUUCGGUGAAUUUCAAGGGGGUAUGUUGCCAUGAAAUGAGUGAAGAUUUCGUGAGUGUGAAGCACUUAGGCAGAAUUUUCUGUUAGAGCGUCUCCGAUCCAAUCCUCCAAUUCUUCCUCCAUUUGAGAGGAUAUAAAUAUAUUUUUAUAUUAAAAAAGUGGAUCAGUGUCGUUGUCCUUUGUGUUGGAAAUUCACCCAUGUGGGUGAUGUUGAUGGCUGGCCAAAAAGUCAGAGGAGAAGAUUGGCUUUGGCAGCCAUUGGAUACUUCAGCUCCCUCACGCGUGGAGAGCAUUGAAUGCUCUUUGGAAGUUUCUCGCUGGUUUUUGCCUAUAUAUACGUGUGUAGUGUGUAGGCUGAAAUAGUGUGGUAGCACAGAUGUGAGGGAGAGGGUGAGGUUGAGCGUGGGGGGCCGGUGUGGCUCCUUAGCAGUGAGCCGGAAUGUGGCUCCCGAAGAGGUUUUUUCAAAUUUUUAUACAUUGUUUGAGUAUAUAUAUAAAUGGAGUUUUUUCUCUGAAAUCAGUGAGUGGGUUGUGUGCGUGGUGAUCCCUGGGGCACAACACUUUGUUGACUGUAAUUCAAGUCAAGACUUGAUUCUUAAAGCUGCGUUGGUAAAACCCAGCUUUACCCCCGCACCAAAUCAUGGGAUGUUGACAAGAAAAUUCCAAUUUCACUUGGGAUGUUGAAUUAUGUGAUCUGCUUCUUAGAAAAGUAAAGGAGUGGCGUUGUCCUUUGUUGACUUCAGUUCAUGUCAAUUGUCUUGUCUUGAAGCCUCCGGUAGCCUUUGUAGCUACGUAUCUAUAUAUACAUACAGAAUUGUAUCUGCCCAGAAAAUUGCACCGAAAGGAGAAUCAUGGCCACUGUUACUUCGCUUGCUUUUCUCUGUCUCUCCCUCUCUUUCUUUCCCGCUCUCACAACUCCUACUUUGUUAUUUCAGGGAUUUAACUGGGCAUCAAGCAGUAAGGAAGAAGGGUGGUACAACUGGCUCAUCAAAUCUGUUCCAGACUUGGCUAAUGCUGGAGUUACCCAUGUCUGGCUACCUUCACCCUCACAUUCUCUUGCAGGCCAUCCGCAAGGGUAUAUACCGGGAAGGUUGUAUGAUCUCGAUGCAUCAAGAUACGGAAAUGAGGAGCAAUUAAAGAAAUUGAUUCAGGCUUUUAAAGACAAGGGAAUCAAAUGUGUGGCUGACAUAGUAAUCAACCACAGAGGCCCUGAGAAUUUGUGCAACUUUGAGGGAGGAACUGCUGAUGGCCGCCUAGAUUGGGGGCCAUCCUUCGUUUGCAAAGGCGAUGCCAAUUGUUCUAAUGCCACCGGGAAUCCAGACACGGGAGAGGACUUUCGACUCGCUCCUGAUGUCGACCACCUCAAUCCGAUGGUACAAAAGGAUUUAUCAGAUUGGAUGAACUGGCUCAAGACUGAAAUUGGGUUCGAAGGAUGGCGUUUUGAUAUGGCCACCGGAUACUCGCCAAGUUUCACCAAAAUCUACAUGGCGAAUACGUCACCGAAUUUUGCUGUUGGUGAGUACUGGAAGUUCUUCACGUAUGGUCCAGAUAACAAGACUACUACUAACACGGACGAGCACCGUCAACAGUUGGUUCAAUGGGUUCAAGAUGCAGGUGGGGUCGUCACCGCAUUUGAUUUCACAACAAAAGGGGUUCUCCACGCUGCCUUUCAAGGAGAGUGGUCGAGAUUGAAGGACUCGAAUGGACAGCCUUCGGGAAUGAUAGGAGUUUUGCCUCAGAAUGCGGUGACAUUUAUCGAUAAUCAUGACUCGGAAUCACAGAAGAUUUGGCCAUUCCCAACUGAUAAAGUCUUGCAAGGAUAUGUUUACAUUCUCACUCAUCCGGGGAUUCCAUCCAUAUUUUACGACCACUUCUUCCAAUGGGGCAUAAAAGACGAGCUUGUUUAUUUUUCAACAUUGAGGAGGAACAAGGGGAUAUCUGAAACUAGCAAAGUGCAGAUUCUGGCUGCUGAUUCUGGUCUCUAUGUAGCAAAGAUUGAUGAAAAAAUCAUUGUCAAGAUUGGGCCAAAUGGUGGUCUAGGAAAUCUAAUUCCACCAGAUUAUCAGCUGGUUCACUCAGGGUUGGACUAUGCUGUUUGGGAGAAAAAUGCAUAAAAAAAUGUGGUAUUGCUAAUAAGGUCAGUGUAUAGUAUUUAACAUGCCCAUUAUUAUGUACUCCCAUUUACACCUCCGGGGAUGUUUCUUUAGAAUAACUGCUGCGAGAUGUAUGAACAACGAUUAUAGAUAUGAACAAGAGUUUCAUAUA